GGCAUUAAAGAUGAUUAUUCUUACAAGUAAAAUACAUAUAUUUUUUAGUGUUUAUUGCUUGCCUGGCUCCGCCUUCUCUUUACCAAAUUGGUUCCGUCUUGUAUUAGCCUUUCCAAAUGAAACAACAACUGAAGCUUGUGAGAGGAUUGCGGCCUAUUGUUCUCGACAUUUACGCCCAUGUGUAGAAAGAUUGGAAGCAACAAUGUCAAUUAAAAAGAAGAAUAAAGGAGGAAGGCAUGAAGAAAAUGGACAAGGUUCAGAAGAAUCAUCCCCUAUUGCAACUGAUGAUAAUGAAAGUAGCAGUAAUAAUGAAAAUAGUAGCGAUGAUAAUGAUGGAGAAAAUAAUGAAUGA